UCCCGGGCCAGGCAGAGGCGGCGUGUGGCCGGCGGCGGCGGCGGCUCUGCGGCGAUGCGAGCGGGGCUGCGCUCGGCUCCGCUCCCCGCCUAGCCGCCCCGGCCGAGCAUGGGCUGCAUCGGCUCCAAAGGCACCCUCGUGGCUGUGGACACGACUUUGCAUGUGGAGUGGAAUGAGGUGAAGGCCCUGCCUGUCCUCUCGCCCUUGGGGAGCACCAGGACGUCACUAGUCCACAGGCCGGUUCGGCAGAGCUCGGUGGACAGCCAGGACUCUCUCGAGGUAAAUGUUGAAGACACUGUCGAAAUGUUACCCAAGUCCCGGCGAGCGCUCACAAUCCAGGAGAUCGCUGCCCUCGCCCGGUCCUCCCUGCACGGUAUCUCGCAGGUGGUGAAGGACCAUGUCACCAAGCCCACGGCCAUGGCGCAGGGCAGGGUGGCGCACCUCAUCGAGUGGAAAGGCUGGUGCAAGCCCAUGGACUCCCCGGUGGCUCUGGAGAGCGCCUUCAACUCCUACUCGGACCUGAGCGAAGGGGAGCAGGAGGCCAGAUUCGCAGCAGGUGUGGCCGAGCAGUUUGCCAUUGCCGAAGCCAAGCUGAAGGCCUGGUCUUCCAUGGACGGGGAAGACUCCAAUGACGAAUCCUACGACGAGGACUUUGGGACAAACACCAACAGCACCCAGCCAGCUGAUGCUGCAGGCCACCUGCCGCCCGGCUCCUUCCUGAAGGAUCUCCUCCACAGCCGCCCGUGCCAGCUCGACGUCCAGCAGGGCUCCUGCGAGCCCGAGAGCGACUCCUCCCAGACCAUCUCUCCGGAGACCUUGUGCUCCAGUCUCUGCAGCCUGGAGGACAGUCUGCUGCUCAAGGAGCUGGGCUCGCCGGGCGAACUGGCUGCCAAACUGCUGGGCUCCAUGGCCGGAGGGGAGGAGAUGCUCCUCUCCAAGCUGCCCCCUCAGACUGGAGAAAGUGCCUUCCGGAGCCUGGGACAGCUGGAGUGCCAGGACUCCAUGUACUCCAUGUCCUACACGGAGUCCUGCCUCUCGCCCACGGGGGAUGACAGCCUGUCCUGCAAGGAUGACCACACGGCGUGCAAGCUGCACGGGGACAGCUGCGGGGUUCGGAGGAAAGUCUCCGACGUGGCCUCUUCGGGGGUGGUGUCACUGGAUGAGGAAGACGAGGCUGAAGAGCAGUGAACUGGUCUUGGUCUGUGGCAUGCUUCACCUGCCAUCUCUGUCCCACUCCGUGACACACACCCCCCAGGCCCCGUUCCCUGUUCUUCUUGUGGGCGAGUCCUGUCUGGGGUUGGCGUGAGCCUUAGCCGGGCAGGGGAGGAUGGUGGAAGGAAAAUCCGGCCCCCCCACUGGCGGAGACUGGUGAAGCCUGAGGCCUCGCGGCCGGCCACUGGAUGGAUUUGCUUGCUGCGUCUCUCUCUCUCUCCCCUCGUCUGUUUUUUUGCAUGAGAGUGUUUUGGGGAUAACCAAAAACCCUGAAUCGGAGCCAACUAGACCUGACGCCAUCUGAGACGGUUCUGAGCAUGUUCUGCACCCCACCUCCAAACCCCUGGGGAGGCGCCCUUCGCUGUCGGGGGGCAUGGCUAGUGCUGUUAAAGCAACAUGUGUACGUUCCUAAUGAAGAUUAAACCCCCUGCUCUGGGCCCUCAAGUCCCGGCUCAGAGCCGGUGCCGAGGUGCACUGUGCUGGGCUGCUCUGCA